UUUCACCUAGUUAAAUGUAAUAUGUUUAAAAGGUUCCCUUGAUUUAAAAUAAGCUUCUUCUUCUUCUUCUUUUGCCACUUUGCAUCUACUCAGGACCAAGGACAGUGCCAGAUUGCGCCUGAGCGAAUGAGCGUCAGCAGCCCACGGUCAAAGAGCUGGAGGAGGAAUUCUCAAAGCAACACGGAGACCUGAGGAGGAGCUCUGUCACCUCUCACGGAUACACCGCAACCUUGUAACAGAAAAGCUUCUCAUUGCAUAUUUAUGAAGCAAUAUUUUUUUUUGUUGCAAUAAACAUGGAAGCUGGCGCAAGAACACACUUCUAAGGAUUUCUCUCCAAUAAGGGAAGCAAUUUGGAUUUCGGGGGAAAAAGUAAAAAGUAGUGAGUAAAAAUCAAGUGGGAUUCAAUUUGAAAUGUCAGGAGACUCUACGGACAUUCAUUACGAUGGCUCAGCAGGGAUCGAUGCCGCAACCUUCAACUUCAGCGGUGUUUCCAACACGCUGAACCUCUCGUACGGAGACUUCUUCCACCUGUCAGACUUUGCAAAGACGGAUCUUGCGGGAGACGGCGCCGCUGUUGUGCGUGUUAUCAUCUCUGUUAUUUACUCGCUGGUCUGCGCGCUGGGUCUGAUUGGGAACUUACUGGUCCUGUAUUUAAUGAAGACUAAACACAUGUGGAAAAAGUCCUCCAUCAACCUUUUCGUCACUAGCUUGGCGGUGACUGACUUUCAGUUCGUGCUGACUCUGCCGUUUUGGGCGGUGGAGAACGCGCUGGACUUCACGUGGCUUUUCGGCAAAGCGAUGUGCAAAAUAGUGUCCUAUGUGACCGCCAUGAACAUGUACGCCAGCGUGUUUUUCCUCACUGCCAUGAGCGUGGCGCGGUACUGGUCCCUCGCUACUGCGCUCAAAGGCAGGAGGCGGCGCCCGCGGUGCUGCGCCGCGCGGUGCAUCACGGUUUUCAUCUGGUUUGCCGCUGUGUCCGCCGCUUUGCCGCACGCGGUUUUCACCACCACCGUGACCGUUUCGAACGAGGACUUGUGCCUCGUCAAAUUCCCGGAAACAAACGGAAGCGCGCAGCUCUGGCUGGGACUCUACCACUCUCAGAAGGUGCUGCUGGGAUUCGUGGUGCCGCUGGGAAUCAUCUCAGUCUGCUAUCUGCUUCUCCUGCGCUUCAUCACGUCCAAAAACAUCAACACGUCGAGCGCAAAACGGCGCGCAAAAAUCACCAAAUCUGUCACCAUUGUGGUUUUAUCCUUUUUCCUUUGCUGGUUGCCCAACCAGGCGCUCACAGUGUGGGGCAUCCUCAUCAAACUCAACGUGGUUCAUUUCACCUAUGAGUACUACACCACGCAGGUGUACAUUUUCCCCGUUUCCGUGUGCCUCGCGCACUCAAACAGCUGUCUGAACCCCGUGCUGUACUGCCUGAUGAGGCGGGAGUUCAGGAAAGCGCUGAGGAAACUCUUCUGGAGGAUGACCUCGCCGAACAUACGACCGAUCACAGCCACCACGAAGCACGAGAUGGACGAGCAGAGGCACGUGCUGGCCCGGGUCAGCGCGCCCGAGGAGCACAAAGUGGUGUUUUACCCCCCGGGGGCUGUGAUGUACAACGACAGGGACAGGGAUCUGCCAAACAGCAAUUAGACAGUUGUUUUUUGUUUUGUUUUAAUCUUCAUUGUUUUUGUUUUUGUUUUUGCUAAUUGCUUCAUUUAUUAUCGCGGAGUGAAAUACUAUGGAAUAAUUUGUAUAUUUUGUAUAUAUGUGUGCAUCAAAUCAGAAUACAAAACGUAUUUCGCAUGAUAAACCUGUCCAGAAUAUGUUCACAUGCAGUAAAUUGCAUGAACACCUAUGUGAGAAACUUGAUGUUCCCUUUUUUUUUUGUACAGAGGAGUUCAAAAGAACACAUGUGAUCUUGUGAGUUGGUUGUUGAACAAGUAAAAGUCUGCUGUUUUUAUUAUAAUGCAUCAUCAGCCUCUGUCCUUGAGAACGAUCAGGCUAUAUAAUAGCUCCAAAUGAGCUUCAGGUGAAAAGAGACUACUGGAUAAUGGCAAAUAAAUAAUAAAUAAAAGAACUUUAGAUUAACUUUGGCAAGUUCUUUUAACACUUUAAUUAAAGGAAACGCAUAUUAAACAUUACUGUGCUGUUCAAAUGAGUUUAAAAACUGUCCUGAAUCAUAAUCUUACAAAACAGUAAUGAGUUUCUGCAUUCUUUAUUGAAUGAGAGCUCCUAACUGCAAAGUUAUUUAUAACUAUUCAGAGUCUCUAGUGUUUGGCAGAGAUUUAUGAGGCAUUGUUUUAAUGCAAAUUAGUUACUUUGUUUUUAAGGCUAUAUCCUAUGCUAUUCACAUUAAUUAGUUUUCAAGCACAAAGACCAAACAAGCCAUAAAUGUCAAGUGAGCAGCCUACUAAAGAUGAGUUUAAAAAGUUGUAUAACAACUAAGCACAAAGGAAUUUUAAAUAACCCAUAAGGACUCCUUAAAAACAAAGUACAAAACCUAAAUUAAUUCUGACGAACAAAUGUGAUUUUCAUUUCUACAGAUAGGCAACACAGUAAACUCCUAUGUGCCGCGUUCCAUUUAGCUCAGAACUGGGAAGUCGGAGCUGGGAAUGACGUCACACCCGAGUAAACUGCGUUCCGGUUGCAAAUUGGAAAAGCAACAUGGACGCGUCCAGGAGAACUUUUGUUUUGUUAGCUAAUGCCAGACUGUAACAACACACUACAUGAUAGUUUCUGACCGAAGUGAAAACACCUCCACAGAGAGAACUUGCACGAUACCAUCGGUCUGAUUGAUUUAAUUACACAAAAAGACGACUAAGCUGCUAAUAAACUCAACAGUUGCAUCUUAAACAUCCCUUUCGAUGCACAGCAGACAUAUUGGAUCUGAACUUGGGCUACUUUUUUCCCUCCGAGUUUCCGAGAAUAAUUGAAAUAAAUGAAAAUAAUUGAAACUAAUUUGAAAAUUACAUUUUCCACAAAUUUCUGUAUUUAUUUUUUUUGUAUUUUGUAUGUUUCUGCCCAAAGGAGAAAGUUCAUUUUGAUAUUUUGCAGCCCGAGGCAUCUAGAUCAGUAUACGUUUUUUUUAAUAUUAAAUGGGAUUUUGCACUAACUUAAAUUUUACCUUAAAGAUCAAAUCCAAGUGCAAGAUUUAAUUAAACUUUUCAUUUAAUUAGAUCUUUUUCCAGAACAACACUAAAGUAAAUUAAUUAAUCUUUUU